UAUCUAAUUCAAUUGCUCCCGACACUGAUACUUACGGAAGAAGAAACAAGAAGAAGAAGACCAUCUCUGAAAACUCGAAGAAGAAGACCAUCUCUGAAAACCCUAGAAAUUUCCUAAUUGUUUUUUUAGGAGAAGAAGAUGAGCGAAGAAGAAGGGAAGGUUCUUUAUCAUCACCGUCACCAGCAAGAGCAGCAACAACAACAAACUCAGUACGGAACGUUUCAGGGCGUUGCGAACUACCCUCCUCCGCAACCGGUGAUCGGAUUCCCUCAGCCUAUUCCGCCGCCCGGCGCCGCCGAUGUUCCACCGCCGGGUUACUAUGCUCAUGGGUAUCAGGCUGUUCCAGGUUAUGCCGUUGCUGAAGGAAGGCCUGUAAGAGAGCGCCGCCUUCCUUGCUGCGGUUUUGGGUUUGCCUGGUUUCUGUUCAUCAUUGGUUUCUUCCUUGCUGCUAUCCCGUGUUAUGUUGGGGCAAUCAUUGAGAAACCAGGAUAUUUCACACGCACAGUUGUGGGAAGCCGUUGCAUGAUGUCCCCAAAAAUGGUUGGGGGUGCUAUGGUCGUGAUUGGUUUGAUCGCUAUCAUCUUGCUACGCCAUGCCUCCCCACGUGUGGCGCCCUAUGUUGAGUACGCCGGUUUCCUAUCUCUGGCAAUCAGCUUCUUUGCAAUCACAACUAUGUUUCUGCCUUUCACCUGGAUCAUCUGUCCUGCUGUUCUCCUUUCGCACGCGUUUGUCCGGGCGUUCUUCAAACUCCGAAUCCAACAAAUGGACAUUUUGGUACUUAUACGCUCUCCAUUUGGACCUAUUUUAAUUCUUGGAUGCCUUUGUGGUAUUCCCAAUGAAGAGAUCGAGAAAGAUCACCUUUUCGAUGGCCAAAAAAAGAUGAUUUCAAUUGGAAAAGGCUUAACACCCUUUCCCAAUCCUUUUUUUUAUUUUUUAUCUCUCAAAAGACUUAAAAUUUCAUUUUUGACCCUUAGAAGCUCAAAAUACAUAACAAAACCCUAAAGUCACAAGUUUUCC